AUAAUGUCAGUGGAUCAUAAUGAAAAGUAUAUCUUUGAGGCAGAAUGGUACGACAAAAUAGCUGCGAUUUUAAAAAAGUUUUACCUUUAUUAUUAUCCAUAUGACAAUACAGUCGAAUUGUUCGAUACAAAAGCUAGAAAAACAUUUUUAAGAAGAACACAAUGCGAGGGGAUAGAAGCAAAGGAUUUUUACGUAGGUGCUACCGUAACAAUAUUUUCACGAAAUAUAAGAAUAACAGAUUACGCGGAUUGCGUUACAAGGACAAAAUUGCAAACAAAAACUCAAAAAACAUUUGCUAUGUUGAAACCAAAUGUUAUUGAUAAACUGGGAGAGAUAUUAAAACGUAUAAUUUCUUGCAAUUUUCAUAUUGCAAACAUUAAGAUGAUUAAGUUAACUAAAGAAGAGGCAACAGAAGUGUUCAAAGAUCAAGUUAAUACUAAUAUAGCGUAUGUUGUAAAUCAUCUCAGUUCGGGUCCUAUUGUGACUUUAGAAUUAUUAGGGGAAAAUGCAGUUGCACGUUGGAAAGAAGUAAUAGGACCAGAUGAUAGCGAUGGAGCACGCUUAACGGCUCCCUCUUCUAUCAGAGCAUGUUAUGGAAAAGAUACAAUUCACAAUGCUGUACAUGGUUCUGAAAAUGAAGCAGCUGCAGCAAAAGAACUGCAAUUUUUCUUUCCUGGUCCAAAAAGCACAGAAAAGGGACCACCUAAUACAGCAACAUUACAGAAUUGUACUUGUUGUAUCAUUAAACCGCACGCUGUUCAAGCUAAAUUAACUGGAGAUAUCAUUGAUGAUAUUCAGAAGGCUGGUUAUAUCGUUUCGGCUAUACAACAAUUCUGUGUGAAUCCAUUUGAUGCAGAGGAAUUUUUAGAAGUUUACAAAGGAGUACUUCCUGAUUACGCGGCUAUGGUAGGAGAACUGCAGUCAGGACCGUGCAUCGUUAUGGAAAUAAAGCAUCAAGAUGAAAAGUACGAUGUUCACGGAGAAUUUAGGAAACUAUGCGGCCCUAUGGAUCCGGAUAUUGCAAGACAAGUGAGACCAGAUACUCUUCGCGCAAAGUAUGGAAAAACCAAAGUACAAAAUGCUAUACACUGUUCUGAUUUACCAGAAGAUGGAAUACUAGAGGUGGAGUACUUUUUCAAAAUUCUUGACAGCAAUUGAAUUUUAAGAGCAUGUAAUUUAUACUACUUUUUUACAAUAAAGAAUGCUUAAACAGAA